AUGGGAGGUGUUUAUCUAUCUAGUCCUAAUAGGAGUAAAAAUACGACAAUCGAUGAAAAUAAAACCUUUAUUUAUGCAGCCUCGGCAGUACAAGGAUGGAGAAGAUCCAUGGAGGAUACUCACAUUUUUGUAUGUGAUUUAGUACCAAAUGUCUCGUUAUUUGGUAUUUUUGAUGGACAUGGUGGUGCUGAUGUUGCCAUAUUUGUGUAGAGACACUUUACUGAAGAACUUUUAAGGAAUAAUAAUUUUAAAGAUCAAAACUUUGAAGAUGCCUUGUAAGAGACCUUUUUGAAGAUGGAUGAGUUAAUGUUUGCUGAGGAAGGUUAAUUAGAACUUUAAUAAAUAAAGAACACAACAGAAGAAGGAGCCUAUCAAACAGGAUGUACAGCUAAUGUUGCUCUAUUUUUUAAGAACACUCUCUAUGUUGCUAAUGUAGGCGAUUCAAGAUCUGUAUUAUGUCGAAAUAAUACUAAUUGUGAUUUGAGCAAUGAUCAUAAGCCUGUUAUUUUAAAAGAAAAAUAGAGGAUUGAAAGUGCUGGAGGAUUUGUAGAUGAAGGAAGGAUUAAUGGAAACCUAAAUCUAUCUCGUGCAUUGGGGGAUCGACAAUAUAAGUAAAACUCCAGCUUAAAUAAGACUGAACAAUUAGUAAUCGCAUUUCCAGAUAUUGAAAAAAUAGAAUUAACAUAAAAAGACAAAUUUUUAUUGAUGGGAUGUGAUGGCAUUUUCGACUAAUUGAGUCAUUUAGAGUUACUUUAAUUUAUCAAUAAUAAACUUGGUAAUCAACCAGUUACUCCUCAGUUAUUAGGGAGAGUUGCAGAGGAUUUGCUGGAUCAUUUGAUUGCUCCAGGCAUAUCAUCUGGAGUUGGUUGUGACAAUAUGACAAUCAUAAUCAUUUAUCUAAAAUGA